UUUUGUUUUUCUUGAUUUUGAAUAAUAUAUUUUCUAAUUGUUUUGCUUUAUAAAUAACCAUUUUUGCGGGAUAUGUGAUGCAGCAGAGGCUGUGAUUGAAUUUAUAUAGCACAAUAUUGCCCUAUAUAUUCUACGAAUUCUGAACUCGUACUGUUGCCAUGGUAUAUGAGACCUCAUAUGAGAGUGGCCGCAGGCCAUUCAAACCUGACCUGAAUCGCGGCAAAUGGGAAAAGCCAACUGACUUCAUUUACGCCUGUUUUGGUCUCGCACUCAAAUUGGAUUUAUUUAUUGUUUCAUAUUGGUUCUAUUUUGAUAUGGGCUUAUUCGGCAUGUUGCCCUACUAUAUCUAUAUGGCCAUAUAUCUGGUGCCGAUUCUGGUCAUACACUCCUUUAUGGGUCAAUUCUCGAGCAGUGGCUUCAUCUCCGCCUUUCGCGUCUCGCCCUUCUUCAAAGGCAUGGGCUAUGUGAGUCUGGCCCUCAGCCUGGCCAGUCUGCUCUACUAUGGCAUCUUUGCGAUUGUCCCACUGAUAUUCAUACUGCAUUCCCUGCGCCCAACACUGCCAUGGAGCUGCGAAGGCUUUAAGGCGGAGGAAAAUGUAACAACUAUCUGUAAUAUGACGGACCCGCAAGUCCAAACGCUGCUGAGCAGCCAAAAUGAAUCGGAAGUCUUUUCUGAAUUGAGUGUGGUGCACGUGCCCUCCGUGCUUUAUUUCAGGCAGCACUAUGAGACAUUAAGCAGUGAUUAUUACAUGGGAGAAGAUGCUAGCUACGAGUUGUCCUGGCAAAUUGUCGGCUUCUCUGGCGUCAUCUGGGCAAUCAUUACAUUCAUAUUCUUGAAGUUCUCGGAAACAGCCAAGUUUGGCAAACUGUUGCGCUAUUUGAUCCUGUCAACUUUGGCCCUUUUGCUGGUGUGUCUGGUGCGCUUCCUGUUUCUACCCGGCGCCUUGGACGGCAUCAGCCACUAUGUGACGCCGCGCUUGGACACAAUGGCCAAUGGCGGGCUGUCCAUGACGAUUAUCGUACUGCAGGCCUUUGGCUCCGGCUGGGGCAGCAUUAUGGCAUUAUCGAGCUUUAACAAUUUCAAGACGAACAUCAUGGCCUACAGCUGGAUAAUUGCCUUCGGCCAGACACUUGUUUAUAUACUCUUUGGCUUGGUUACCUUUAUGCUGGAUCAUUAUUUUGAUAGUGAGUAUUUAAGUAAUUUUUCAUUUAUCUCUUUCUAUUUUUCUUUAUUAAAUCCUUUAGCCAUGAGAACCAACAGCUUCGGUUCGUAUGUGGAGGUGAACUGGGUAUUGUAUCUAUCGAGUGCCAGUGCUCUGUCCACCCUGGAACUGCCCAAUUUAUGGACCAUCAUCUACUAUACCAUGUUGCUGAUGGCCUCUAUAACUGUGAUGAUCACGCAACUCUUUACGGUUUUCACCAGCCUGUUCGAUGAGUUCGAGCUGCUGCGACAUUAUAAACAGCAGGUUACAAUUGGUGUGUUGUGCUUCUUGGCGCUCGCUUCGCUCGUCUUUUGCACGAAUCAUGGAGUUAUGUACUUCUCGGCGUUAUCUUUGGAUGCCAUUAUGACCCAUAGCGUUAUGCACUUGCUACUCCUGCUGGCGGUGCUUUGGGUCUAUGGACGCGAGCGCUUCCAGCGAGAUAUAGAAUUCAUGAUUGGACAGCCAUUUGCCUCGUGGAAGAUCUUCAUAUUGCGCUUUAUAGCACCGCUUUUUCUCUUGUACACCUUGCUCAUUGGGGUAUUCAUUUCAUCGAUGGAGCAUGCGUUCAGCUCAUCCGUUAUGUUACACAUAAGUCUGAUUCUGGUGCUGGUGCCCAUGCUCUUUAUACCGGGCUAUGGUGUGUAUAUAAUGUGCCAGAAUACGGGCGGAUUUUGUGAUAGGUUUAGGCGCGCCUGUCGACCCAACGAUUGGUAUCCCACAGAAAUGGAGGAUCGGCAGCAAUAUGAGGAGGUUGUCGGCAAUGCUGAUAUCACACAUCAGCUCUAUGAGGUCACCGAGGAGGUGAACUAACGUUGAUUUGCAUUUGCAUUUGUUAAAGGUUUGCCGUGCGAUAUACCGUGUAUACAUAUAAUAAAAAAAUAUAUUUUGUCAAAUGUUUUAAAAUAA